AUGGGUCCAACAGAAAGGCGGGGGCUAUCAAGGACUAUGGGUCCAACAGAAAGGCAAGGGCUAUCAAAGACUAUGAGUCCAACAGAAAGGUGGGGCUACCAAGGACUAUGGGCCCAACAGAAAGGCGGGGGCUAUCAAGGACUAUGGGUCCAACAGAAAGGUGAGGCUACCAAGGACUAUGGGUCCAACAGAAAGGCGGGGGCUAUCAAGGACUAUUGGUCCAACAGAAAGGUGGGGCUACCAAGGACUAUGGGUCCAACAGAAAGGCGGGGGCUAUCAAGGACUAUGGGUCCAACAGAAAGGUGGGGCUACCAAGGACUAUGGGUCCAACAGAAAGGCGGGGGCUAUCAAGGACUAUGGUUCCAACAGAAAGGCGGGGGCUACAAAGGUUUAUGGGUCCAACAGAAAGGUGGGGGCUAUCAAGGACUAUGGGUCCAACAGAAAGGCGGGGGCUAUCAAGGACUAUGGGUCCAACAGAAAGGCGGGGGCUAUCAAGGACUAUGGGUCCAACAGAAAAGUGGGGCUACCAAGGACUAUGUGUCCAACGGAAAGGUGGGGGCUAUCAAGGACUAUGGGUCCAACAGAAAGGCGGGGGCUACAAAGGUUUAUGGGUCCAACAGAAAGGUGGGGGCUAUCAAGGACUAUGGGUCCAACAGAAAGGCGGGGGCUAUCAAGGACUAUGGGUUCAACAGAAAGGCGGGGCUAGCAAGGACUAUGGGUCCAACAGAAAGGUGGGGCUACCAAGGACUAUGGGUCCAACAGAAAGGCGGGGGCUAUCAAGGACUAUGGGUCCAACAGAAAGGUGGGGGCUACCAAGGACUAUGGGUCCAACAGAAAGGCGGGGGCUAUCAAGGACUAUGGUUCCAACAGAAAGGUGGGGGCUACCAAGGACUAUGGGUCCAACAGAAAGGCGGGGGCUAUGAAGGACUAUGGGUCCAACAGAAAGGUGGGGCUACCAAGGACUAUGGGUCCAACAGAAAGGCGGGGGCUAUCAAGGACUAUGGGUCCAACAGAAAUGUAGGGCUAUCAAGGACUAUGGGUCCAACGGAAAGGUGGGGCUACCAAGGACUAUGGGUCCAACAGAAAUGUAGGGUUAUCAAGGACUAUGGGUCCAACGGAAAGGUGGGGGCUACCAAGGACUAUUAG